CUGUACGUAGUGUAGUCCUCUCGGUACGUUUUACACCACGUAGCUGGUGCAUCUCACACGGACGACGAUGAAGAAACCAUGCUGUAUCCUCACGCUGCUGGCCUUGUUCUGCCAGAGCCCGCAGGCUUUUGUCCCCAUCAGCUCUAGGCAGCCCCGCGCAAGACUCGCAUCCGCGGGAUCCCACCGCCUUUCGCGAGAAGCCCGGGCAUCACCCGUGUCAUCAUGUAACAUCGAGGGCGGCAGCGGCGGGAGAACAGCCAUACAAUGGACGAGGCGGCGAAAUCGAGGAAGGGGGUGCACGGGUAAGAGCAGGACAGCCACCGGUGGCGUCCGUGAGUUGAGGGCUGGGUUCGACCUGCCCGGGUUGGGGGCCUUGCUGGAGCAGAGCACGCGGCACCACAUCCCUUCAGCCUUCACCGGGGGAACUGUGGGCGUCCUCGGCACUCUGUCGGCGAUUCAGCUCAAGAUCAACGAAGUGAAGGAACUCACGGCUUGCCCCUACUGCCGUUCCACGGGGCAGCUCCCGUGCGCGACUUGCUACGGCGUGGGCUCGAUAACCGUGCUGGACACCGUCGCGUCCUCGAACGAGGUGACCACGACGACGCUCACGUGCCCGUCCUGCCGCGGGAAAGGGUUCAUAACGUGCGUCAACUGCAAGGGCGACGGCCGCGGCGUGCCGCUCUUCCUCAACAAGAAGGUGUCGAGGGACCCCGAGAGCGAGAUCGAGGACGUGGGCUACGCAUAACCUGUUGCUAUGUAGACCUCGAACGAGAAAAAAUAUUGUCAUUGUUGAGUUGACGUGAUGACGGGAGGUCCGGCUGCGCUGAUCGGAAACCCGUGAGCUACCCACAUGCGUGCCCGAAUCUGGGGCGUUCCACACACAUCGGAAGAGGAGGGGUGUUUCGGAGCUUGCGGCACAGCUAAAACAGCGUUCAUGGCGUUCACUUCCGAAGUUGCUUCAACCUCCGUUUUUUUCUUUCGUUAUUGCGGUGCAUGAGUUGAGAAUUGCCGAGUGGCUUCAAGCCGACAUUGGAUAGGGAGACGGAUUAAGAUUUUGGGAACGGGCGCGCGAGGGGGGCACCCCCACGAGUGGUGGUGUAGAGAGCCGCUUCCUCCGUAGAAAUCGGCCACAACGUGCGCUUGAAGGACCAUACACGUUGGUUUCGUUCGUUCUUUGUUGGUGCCCCACCCCUGUUCGUCGUAAGGAAGCCGCCCCUGCCUUCCACAGUCGCUCUACGGCCAGUAUGGUGACGUAGCAGACACGCUUCUUGAGGGACCGGCAAUCGACCGACCUCGACAUCUAGAACUCAUCGGUCCAUUUGAGUGGAGUGGGCAAGGAGCGUUCGGCCGGCCGGCCGAAAAGUAAACACUUCGUAGUUUGUUGUGUGUAUGUUGUGCUUGCGUGGGCAUGUGUCUCUGUCCUAGGGGGGGGGGAGUGAACGUUGUCUACCGCACGGUGCUUUCAUUUUUGCAAAGGGCGAGGGUGGUAUGACAGGCGGGCGUUGGGUACGUACAAACUAAAACAUAGAGCGGCAUUGAACCGUGGGGGGAUCGCACGCUGCGACAGGAGAAGGUGCUAGGAAUCUCAGUAGCUCUCAUGACGGUGCAAAGCAUUUGACAACACGCAGCACGUAGACCUG